CACACACAAUCACACAUGCUUUGUGUAUCAGAGCUUCUCAGAUUUUUGCCAUUUCAUCUCUGAUACACGAUUGAGGAAACAUCACGCUCACAGUCUGUUGGCUCAUGGAGCAAGUCAUGAUCCGUGAAAAAAUGGCGCUGUAUAUCGGGGUUUCCCUAUGACGCCAUCGCCCCGCCCCUCCGUGACUGAAGACCGAAACUCGUGGUUCCCCUUUGCGUUGUGCGCGCGCGAUACCGAGCGGCUCUCUCUCCUGUUCAGUGGAAAUGCGGCGUGGCUAUCUAUUCCUGUUUGUCGUCAUCUCGGCGCUGCAGCUACUAAGCGCAGGUGACUCUCCUGUAGUGCACCAUGUGCAAGGGUUUGUGGGUGGAAGUGCACAUCUGUUCUGUGUGCUGGAGCGCACAUACGACGUCUUAAAAAAAGUUAACGGGCUUUACUUCCAGAAGACAGCUAGAGAUGGAACAGAGACCUUUAUCAACGGGUUUUACACCAGAGAAGUCAAAGUGCUGCCUGAGUACAAGAAUCGCACCAUCAUCAACAAGGAGGAUCUCAGCAUGGAGAUGUCCGAGCUCUCUCUUGCCGAUGAGGGAGAGUACACCUGUAUCCCCUUUGUCAGUGGUGAGCCUCGGAAUCAAACCAAGUUUCAUCUCACAGUUACAGCCAAUUACAGCGUUCCCAUCAUAACCGUCCAGGGGUGUGGGAGUGGCCCGGCCUCCCACAACUGCGUGAUCGAAUGCUCCUCGUCAGGAGGAUUCCCCCUCAGCAACGUAACCUGGAGCGCGGUUGGAAACGAGAUGAGCAGCCUGCUGAGGGACGAAGGGGAACCUGUGUUUAUGCAGGACAACCGCUCGCACCUUUGGAACGUGUCCCACACUGUUACGCUUAACUGCAGCCAGGAGCUUAAAAUCACCUGCUCUGUGGGUGGAGUCAUGUCACCUGCUGUCACUGUGUGUCUACCUGCUCGUACCCGAGAUAUGAUCGUGCCAAUAAUUGCAUGUGCUGUGCUGUUGCUGGUUUCCAUUGCAAUCAGUGUGAUUGUGAUCUGCACAAGGUGCAGAAGAACACAAACCUCAGCAGAGCACUCAACAGAUGCUGAGCUUGUGUAUUUAAACUCAGGUCAGGCUGGAUGAACACGGCGCUUUCUGAAAACUUGAACUGAAGAUCCAUGUGUGUGUGUGUGUGUGUGCGUGCGUGUGUGUGUGUGUGUGUGUCUGGUGGACAGAUGAAGGAGCAGACGGACUAAGAGUUUACACACACUCGCCAGCUAAUGGACAAGUGCAGUUAGAAGUCAAACUGCAGCUCUGACGUGUCUGAUCCGCUGGAAGAGACAGCUGCAGCACACGCUAAUACAAGUUAUGGGAAAAAAAAAACAUUUCUUUAUAUUUUGUUUUAAAAUUUGUUUUUCUUACUGUAGGAAUGUUUAUGAAAUGUGUUAUUUCAUAUCGAAUACAGUGACAUUUUCAGAACACUGACAAACCAUCUUAUCUUUCAGGUUUCAGGCUGUAACAGAUACAUGAGCUUAACAUUAAUUUAACAUUACUAUAGAUUAGCAUAACACUCAUCCAGCCUAGCAUUCAUCUUAGAUAGUUUAGCAUUCACUGACUCUGCAUUCGAAAUGCCGUUUUCUACACGGAGGGAUAAUAAUUUAAGUUCGUGUUAACCUAUUGGCUUGCUAGCUAGCUACUACUGAAACACAGCGUAAACAGUUUAACCUUUUUCACAGUUACUGGAACUGGAAAUCAGUUAAGCACUGACAUAUUAGUGUAACCAUUCCAAGGGAAGAAAAUGGCUGCCAUUACUUAAAAAAAAAAAAAAAAAAAAAAGGAAAAAAAAAAAAAAAAGAAGAAGUAUUAAGCUUUCUUAACGUUAAAGGGAUGGUUUGAAGUCCAAAGGUAAUGCAUUCCUGUUAUAAUGUGAUUACUUAGGAAGCGUUUCAAAUUGUGUGCCUUUACUUUGUACAGUAGUGGUGAGAUGUAGUGCACUAUUUAAAAACGUACAAUACCUCUGAGUAUAAAGUGUGGAAUAUCGGGGACACACACACACACACACACACACACACACAUCUAUGCCUACGGCUGCUCGAUUCCCGAGUCGACUCCAAUUCCGAUUCCAAGUCAUGGGAAUCGAUGGGGGUUGAUUCCAUGAGACGAUUCCUCGCAAAGAAUUUUCUCAAAUCCAAAAACUAAUGCCGCAUCCCAAUUCACCUACUAUCCGUCCUAAAGAGUGUCCGAGAUUAGAAUUAGAGCGUAACAAAUCGUAGGAUGUUGAAAUAAUCAUGAAAUAAUGUUGAAAUAAUCAUGAAAAAACAUCCUGAAGGUAUCCGGAUCGUCGACUGUUUCCGGUAGAUUUCCGAAAUGUCGAUUUGCGGAGACACUUUUCCGGCUAAUAUUAGCCACAAUUCCUUGCGCGAGUGAAGGAGAAGGAGGAGUUUUGUGACGGUUUGCGUCGUCGAAUUCACGGACGGAUUUUCGAGAGGCGUAAAUGAAAUGUGGAAAAAUAAAUCUAGGGAAUGUUAAAUGAAAUAUAAAUGAUAUAGUAUAAAUUAGGAAUAAUGAACGAAGAAAAGCUGAAAUGCAACGAGGAGGAUGUUGUUUACGGCGACGGUGUUAAGUGUUGCGUAACUAGGCAACAACGUUCUCUUGCGUUACAUGACGUGUCAAAAGGAUGUACAUUUUCCUCACAAAAUGAGAUGCAACAUAAAACGUAGAGAAAAAAGAUCUGGCAAAAUAAGUAGCGCGAUAUUAAUCACGUGCACGAUGCGGCUUCAAACCGCCGUUACGUGUUUCAUUUCACAGGAAAAAUUCCUCCACGUUGAAUCCAACAUUCGAAAUAAUUGGCGAUAAAUUUCAGCGCUCACUAAAAAGUUAUCGCAGAUCAACUCCUGAGAUUAGCUAGCUACUACAAGUUUAAAGCGACUACGUUUUUGUCUAGUCUGUUGUUUAAUUAGAAUAUUUGUGGUAGCGAAACUGACAGAUGAAUUAGCUAGCAAGCCAAUUUAGAGAGCGAAAGCUAGCCAAAUGAGAGUAGCUAACAAGCUAGCUAAACCAUAACCGAUUAACUUCUGACAGCUGCUUCGGCUGGAUGAUGUGGUUUGAUAGUUUGCUUAUUUUUGUUACAAAUUGUACAUUUUACUUUGUUCUUGUCCAGUCAAAAAACUGUCACUGGGUUUUGUGUGUGUGUGUGUGUGUGUGUGUGUGUGUGUGUGUGUGUGUGUGUGGAAACUACAUCACUGCAUGUAAUAAAUCCAAAGCUUUGGAGUUAACUGUCAGUUCCCCGGAUGCCUGGAGUCAGAGCCUGUUUCCCGGAUCGACUCCCAGCCCUUAGGCGAACCGCAUCCGAAACUCAGGGAGCAUUCUAGAACGUUAACCUGGUAGUGUUCUAGAACGCCAAACUAUAAGUAUUCUACUGUUAAACAGUGAAUCAUUCUAGAACACUAAACCAAGCAGUGUUCUAGAAUCCUGCCUGGUUUACCUUUCUAGUGCGUUCUAGAACACUCAUCGGUUUAACAUCGCAGCACAUUUCUUGGUUUUUAGUGUUCUGGAACGCCUCCUAGCUUAGCAUUCUAGAACGCUAAAACCAAGUAGUGUUCUAUGGUGCUAAUCCAGCGAGUGUUCUAGAAUGCUGAUAUGUUCUACUUUCAGCCUGUAGGUAUGGCUAAUGCUAGCAUUUUUCUAACGCUAGUUCUCAUGAAAAUGUGUAAACACGUGUUCAGUCACUUUAAGAAAAGUUCUCGGGUGUAUUUUUUUUUUUUUUAAUGUCACAUACGACACAGACGAGUGCUAGAACCUUCUAGAAGUGUGUGUCUGUAUGUGUGUGUGUGUGUGUGUGUGUGUGUGUGUGUGUGAGGGAGAGGUUUGGGAAUCUUUAGUAUGUUCUACAUCAUCCAUUUACUUUAAUAAUCUCUCACCAAGUCCUCUAUAUUAUAAAACUCUUUCCUAAAGGAAAAGUUCUGUCAGUUUCGUUUUAUAAAUGAAAUCUGCUCAUUGUAUUUAUAUACAGAUGUGCAAUAAAAUUGUUCUUUUUUUUAAAAAAACAUCUGUGUGUUUGACCUUCUUACACACACACACACACACACACACACACACACACACACACACACACGAAUCAAAUAUCAGAAACCCAGAGUUUUAAUUUCAUCUUCGUCCCAUACAAAAUUGUUUAAAUAACAAACGUUUUACAUUUUGUUGAUGCUUUUUUUUUUUUUUUUACAAAGAUAAAUUAGCAUUUUUUUUUACAAUAUUACAACACAAUUAAAAGCUACAAAAAAAAAAAAAAAAAAAAAAA